GGGCUGAAGUAAACGCUUAGGAAGACCGUUGCAAAAUAAAUCGGGCUUUCGAGCUUGUGGAACCAUCAUCGGGCCCCAAUCCCGUAGCCACUCAUAUAUCGAGGCGACAAAAAAGGGUCCAUUCGCGAGGGACGCUCCUGCGAGAACGGGGCGCGCGGCGCAGGCGCCCCUCUUGCACCUCGAUGCAAAGCAGCGCGGCGAGAGCCACACGUCUGCGCGCUGCGUGGAAGGGCAGGGCUGACACCACUUCCUCCCCGAGGCCGUGGACCUGAGCCCGGGUGGAGCCGAGUGCACGGCGUCGCCUUCCCCGCUGGCGCCCCGACGCCGACCCGCGCCCCGCCAAGUGCCCGCCAAGUGCCCUCCAAGUGCCCGCCAAGGCCCUGCAGAUCCGUCAAGAUGGGUGAGUCAAAUGAAGAUAUAGACCAAAUGUUCAGCCAUUUGCUGGGAGAGAUGGAUCUUCUGACCAAGAGUUUAGGAGUCGACACUCUUCCUCCUCCGGACCCUAAACCGCCGAGAGCUGAAUUUAACUUUAGUGUGGGGUUUAAGGAUUUAAAUGAGUCCUUAAAUGCACUGGAAGACCAAGAUUUAGAUGCUCUCAUGGCAGAUCUGGUAGCUGACAUAAGUGAAGCUGAGCAGAGGACAAUCCAGGCACAGAGAGAGUCCUCUCAGGAUCAGCUUCAUUCGGCAUCUCUGGAAAAAUCAAAUUUCAGUGGUGCAGCCUCCCUUGGUUAUGGAGCAGAUAUGGCUGUAACGAGUACUAGCCAAUAUGGGGACGAGUUACCACCUCCACCAGCUGAUCCGAUGUUAGACCUGCCUCUGCCACCACCGCCUCCUGAACCUCUCUCUCAGGAAGAGCAAGAAGCAGCAGCCAAGGCUGAUAAAAUUAAGCUAGCGCUGGAAAAACUGAAGGAGGCCAAGGUUAAGAAGCUUGUUGUGAAGGUGCACAUGAAUGAUAACAGCACGAAGUCACUGAUGGUGGAUGAGCGGCAGUUGGCUCGAGACAUUCUAGACAACCUUUUUGAGAAAACCCAUUGUGACUGCAACAUAGACUGGUGUCUUUAUGAAAUAUACCCAGAACUGCAAAUCGAAAGGUUUUUUGAAGACCAUGAAAAUGUUGUUGAAGUCUUAUCAGACUGGACAAGAGACACAGAAAAUAAAGUGGUAUUUUUGGAGAAAGAGGAAAAAUAUGCUGUAUUUAAAAACCCCCAGAAUUUUUACUUGGAUAACAAAGGAAAAAAAGAAAGCAAGGAAACAAAUGGGAAAAUGAAUGCCAAGAACAAAGAAUCCUUACUUGAGGAAAGUUUCUGUGGAACAUCCAUCAUUGUACCAGAACUUGAAGGAGCUCUUUAUUUGAAAGAAGAUGGCAAGAAAUCCUGGAAAAAGCGCUAUUUUCUUCUACGGGCUUCUGGAAUUUAUUAUGUACCCAAAGGAAAGACGAAGACCUCUCGAGAUCUGGCAUGUUUUAUACAGUUUGAAAAUGUCAACAUUUACUAUGGGACUCAGUGUAAAAUGAGAUAUAAAGCACCCACUGAUUACUGCUUUGUUUUGAAGCAUCCCCAAAUUCAGAAGGAGUCCCAGUAUAUCAAAUAUCUUUGCUGUGACGACGCAAGAACUCUAAAUCAGUGGGUUACCGGAAUAAGGAUUGCCAAGUAUGGAAAGACCCUCUAUGAUAACUAUCAGCGGGCCAUGGCAAGGGCUGGGCUCGCCUCCCGGUGGACAAACGUGGGCACUGGCAACGCAGCUACACCGGCCCCGCCUUCCACAGGACUUAAAACAGGCACCGCCCAGGCCAAUGGUCAGAUUCCCCAGGCUGCACAUUCUGUGAGCACUGUUCUCAACGAAGCAGACAGACAAGUUGACACGCCUAAGGACAAGAAGCCAGCCCUUAGUAACCACGACCCAGGAACGCCCAGGGCCCAGCACCUCCCGAAGUCCAGCCUGCCCCCGCCGCCUCCGGUGCGACGGUCCUCAGACACCGGCAGCAGCCCGGUGAUGCCCGCCAAGGGCGCGGCCGGCGGCCUCCCGCCCCUGCUCGACGACUCCCUGCCGCCGCCCCCGCCGCCGCCGCCCCUGGAGGACGACGAGCUCCCCCCGCCGCCCCCCGAUUUUGACGAAGCGCCCCCGGACUUCGUGCCUCCCCCGCCGCCGUGGGAUGCGGGGGCUUCCUUGCCGCCGCCGCCGCCGCCCCCGCCCGCCCUCGCCCCCGAAGCCACGAAGCCGUCCCCCGUUGUCGCCAAAAGGCCUCCGGUUCCCCCAAAGAGGCAGGAGAACCCAGCGCCGGCCAGCGGGGGAGGGGGCGGCGAGCAGGAUUUCAUGUCGGAUCUGAUGAAAGCUCUGCAGAAAAAGAGGGGCAACGUGGCCUAGGGAACGGGCGCGCGCCCCUCUAACCUCAAGUGCGUCUCCGCGGCUCUGUUUUCGUGGCGUCUUGUUCAUUCUCGGUAAAAUAUUGAAGUGUUCAGACUAGAAAUGAUGCAAAACGGCUCACUGUUGCUGCAGUACAUUCAUAGCCAUUAACCUAGCACCGAAUUUAGAAUAUUUGCCUAAAUGGACAUAUCUUUCCUAUGUAUUUCCUCUUAAUGGAAUUUAUCUUUCCUCCCAAGUUAACUAAAAUGAUGUAUGUUCAUUUUAUGAUGUUCAGAAGCAUCAAAUUAAUAAAAGUCAAAAAAAUUUCCUGAAGACGGUA